CGCUAGCUACGUAUUUAAUCUGCGACAAACCACACACAGUCGAGUACAACUCCAAACCGAAAACAGACGAGGAAAACAGCAUUUUUUCCUCUACGCAUUAGAAUUCGACGACUCCGUCAGGCGCUUUUAUUUGGUUUCUUUGUCGACCGGGUUUUGAACUCCUGAGAUGUCUCUGGCGGACGAGCUCCUGGCUGACUUGGAGGAGGCUGGAGAUGAAGGGGAGGACUAUCCAGAGGGAGAGGAGGGCGAUAGUGAUGGAGAGCCAACCCAGGGAAGGACAGAAGGAGGGCUGGAAGACAUUCCAGAGGAGAUGGAGGUGGACUACAGUAAAGCGGAGAGCGUUGCGUCCAUUGCCAAGCUCCGCAAUAGCAAACAGUUUUCAGAGAUCAUGGACAAAAUAUCAGUUUAUAUAGGAAAGCAGCGCAAGAACUCAGAGGUCUCAGGCCCAGUGGAAGCUGAUCCAGAAUACAGGUUGAUCGUAGCCGCCAACAACCUCACAGUGGAGAUCGACAAUGAGCUCAAUAUCAUUCACAAGUUUACGAGAGACAAAUACUCGAAGAGGUUUCCAGAGCUCGAGUCUCUGGUGCCAGAUUCUUUAGAUUACAUCCGCACAGUCAAGGAACUGGGAAACAAUUUGGAGAAAUGCAAAACCAAUGAAACUCUGCAGCAAAUCCUUACCAACGCCACUAUUAUGGUUGUGAGCGUCACAGCCUCAACCACACAGGGGUCAUUGCUGAGUGAGGAUGAACUGAAGCAGCUGGAGGAGGCCUGUGACAUGGCCCUGGAGCUGAACCAGUCUAAACACAGGAUAUACGAAUAUGUCGAAUCCAGGAUGUCAUUCAUCGCCCCAAAUCUCUCCAUCAUUGUUGGAGCGUCGACAGCUGCAAAGAUCAUGGGUAUUGCUGGUGGCCUCACUAACCUCUCGAAGAUGCCGGCCUGUAACCUGAUGCUGCUGGGAGCUCAGCGGAGAACUCUGUCUGGCUUCAGCAGCACCUCCCUGCUUCCUCACACGGGCUUCAUCUACCACUGUGACGUCGUGCAGUCGCUACCACCUGACCUCAGGAGGAAGGCUGCUCGUCUGGUUGCUGCAAAAUGCACUCUGGCUGCACGAGUGGACAGUUUCCACGAGAGUUCAGACGGCAAGGUUGGAUAUGAUCUAAAAGAAGAGAUUGAGAGGAAGUUUGACAAAUGGCAGGAGCCUCCACCAGUGAAGCAGGUCAAACCCCUGCCAGCUCCUCUGGACGGGCAGAGGAAAAAGAGAGGAGGAAGAAGGUAUCGAAAGAUGAAGGAGCGGCUCGGGCUGACUGAGAUCAGGAAACACGCCAACAGGAUGACCUUUGCAGAGAUUGAAGAUGAUGCGUAUCAGGAGGAUCUGGGCUUCAGUUUGGGUCAGCUGGGGAAGAGCGGCAGCGGCAGAGUCAGACAGGCGCAGGUCAACGAGGCCACCAAGGCCCGGAUCUCCAAGUCCCUCCAGAGAACGUUGCAGAAGCAGAGCAUGACAUACGGAGGGAAGUCCACUGUCAGAGAUCGCUCUUCAGGAACCAGCUCCAGCGUAGCCUUCACUCCUCUCCAGGGGCUGGAGAUUGUGAACCCGCAGGCCGCAGAGAAGAAGGUGGCUGAAGCCAACCAGAAGUACUUCUCCAACAUGGCAGAGUUCCUCAAAGUCAAGAAAGAAGCUAAGAUGUGAACUCAUGCACACACACAGUCACCCUGCACACGGACAGUUGCACUCUACACUGCGGAGUCACAGUAUUUGUAAUUUGUGUCGCAUUGUGCUUUAUCCUGUAUUUUAUUUUUACAUUUUUUUUUGACUAUGAUUUCUCCAGUUUAAUAAAACAUGUGAAUAUUCUA